UGAAAGUCCUGCCACUCGAGCCGAGCCCUGGGCAGCGGGGCCACAAGGGAAGAGUCUCUUGGAGACAGUAUGACUUUGGCCACCUCUGACUCUCCUGCUAUCCUCUAUCAUCCCAAGUUCGGUUCGGAUUUAGAAAUCUGAGAAGAGGAAGAAACGUAGGCCCGAGAGUUUUGGGAAGCAAGAGGGCAUGCAAGUUCGUAGUUCCUCCGAGGGCAAUGAUCGCUUAUCCCAAAAUAGCGUAGCCAGAGCAUUUGUUGUGAGCUGCCAGAUAGUUGGCACCUGCGCUUAAUCGUUUUCACACGCCUAUAGGUCGACUGCGUGACUUAUGAAAGCAAACAAGUGUUGAGCAAGGGGAGGAACCCACCUUGAACGAUUCCAGCCUCAGCCUCAGAUACCACCUUAGGGGAUAAGAAUUCUGCUUAAUGCAUCAUGCUUUCCCUUCUAGAGAUUGCCAUGAGUUUGCUUUCAGUUGUUAAGUACUUUAAAGAGAGGCCAUUGUCAUGGACAUGGAACCCUUUCUUCACUGCGUGAUCCCAGACUUCAUCCAAAGCCAAAACUUUUUGGAAGGGCUUCAGAAGGAACUUUUGAACUUGGACUUCCAUGAAAAGUAUAACGAUUUAUAUAAGUUCCAGCAGUCUGAUGAUUUGAAGAAGAGAAGAGAGCCUCACAUCUGUGCUUUAAGGAAAGUUCUGUUUGAAGAUUUCCGGACUUGGCUUGCUGACAUUUCCAAGAUUGACCUGGAAUCAACUAUUGACAUGUCCUGUGCUAAAUAUGAAUUCUCUGAUGCCCUCCUCUGCCACGACGACGAGCUGGAAGGGCGCCGGAUCGCCUUCAUUCUUUACCUGGUUCCUCCCUGGGACAGGAGUUUGGGGGGCACCCUGGACCUGUAUAACGUUGAUGAACACUUUCAGCCGAAGCAGAUUGUCAAGUCUCUUAUCCCUUCGUGGAACACACUGGUUUUCUUUGAAGUGUCUCCAGUAUCCUUUCACCAGGUGUCUGAAGUCCUGUCUGAAGAAAAGUCACGUUUGUCUAUAAGCGGCUGGUUUCAUGGUCCUUCACUGACCAGACCCCCCAACUACUUUGAACCACUUGUACCUCGGAGCCCACACAUCCCACAAGAUCAUGAAAUUUUAUAUGAUUGGAUCAACCCUACUUAUCUGGACAUGGAUUACCAAGUUCAAAUUCAAGAAGAGUUUGAAGAAAGGUCCGAAAUCCUCCUAAAGGAGUUCCUUAAGCCUGAGAAAUUUGCAGAGGUCUGUGAGGCUUUGGAGAAAGGAGAUGUGAAAUGGAGCAGCCGAGGUCCCCCUAACAAAAGGUUUUAUGAGAAAGCGGAGGAGAGCAAGCUUCCCAACAUCCUGAAGGACUGCAUGGAAUUAUUUCGCUCCGAGGCUCUGUUCUUGCUGCUCUCCAACUUCACAGGCCUGAAACUCCACUUCUUGGCCCCUUCAGAGGAAGAUGAGGUGGAGGACAAAAAGGAGGGCGAAGGCACCUCUGCGGCUGAUCACACUGAAGAAGGGACUAGCCAUAGCUCCCCUGGGCCCCAGAGUCCUCAGACGGCCGUCAGCCACAGCAGCCAACAGAGCAGUGAACAGACAGACCCAGAGUCAGAGGAAAACGAAGCCAAGAGAGACUCAAGUGUUCCCACAUGCCAGGGGGAGUUGAGGCGUUGGAAGACUGGUCACUACACUUUGAUCCAUGACAACAGCAAGACUGAAUUUGCCCUGGAUUUACUUCUCUACUGUGGCUGUGAAGGCUGGGAGCCAGAAUAUGGCGGCUUUACUUCCUACAUUGCCAAAGGUGAAGAUGAAGAGCUGCUAACAGUGAAUCCGGAAAACAACUCUUUGGCACUGGUCUACAGAGAUAGAGAGACUCUGAAAUUUGUCAAGCAUAUUAACCACCGAAGCCUAGAACAAAAGAAAGCCUUCCCAAAUAGAACAGGUUUCUGGGACUUCUCGUUUGUCUAUUACGAAUGACAGGGCUGAGCCAAGCUGAAGAAAAGAGACCCUUCCUCAGUACUGGGGAGUGCGGAAGAGCUAGGCAUCACGCGGAGAGCUACAAGGUGGCCUGUGUGACCGUGUCUUCAAAACUGCGUGGUAGGACUCAUCAUUAUUGUCUGCAAUCUAGGCCUUAAGCUUGGAGCCAGGUAUUUCUCUCUUGAUAAAAAAAAAAAAAAAAAAAAAAAAAAAAGCUUUUU